GAAAAAGUUGCACGCGAGCACGAAAGAAAAAUGUACUUAGAAAUUUGUGCGGGGGAAUUUUUGUGAAAAUACAGUAAAUGGCGCAAAGUAGAGUAGAGAAAAUUAGCAGAAAAUCAGAGUGAUCUGGUGUUUGCACAAAAAAAGUUCAAUUUUUUGCACUUUGUCCACUCUUUGAGACCCCGCUGGCGACAAUGAUCUACCGAGGUCAGAGUGUCGUUCAUCGAGUGUGGUUCCGGAUGUGAAUUCAUCACAGGAAGCAGAUAAGUUCUCACUGGGUUCCGAGAGGCUCUUCUGGUCCGGGAAGCAUCCACUGAAGUUGCCUGAUCUUGCGACAACGACUGCUCGGGAUCUCAACGCCAUGUCCGUCGCGAGUCUCUAUGACCGAGAAGAUGAGGACACCAAGGAGAUGGAGACGGAAAAUGAAUGUGAACUGGAUGAGAAGAGAUUGCGGCACAGACUCUUGUCUCCGCCAGAAGAGGAUUUAGACAAAAUAACUCGGGAUAAUGACGCAACUCCUGAGAAAAUCAUGACCAAAGACACUGCAACUGACUGUGAUUGCCCCCGGAAUCCCUUUGAUAACAAAAAGGCCAACAAUGAGAGUCUGUAUUUUGCGGAUGGAAGACGUUCUGUGGACUUUGUGCUCGUGUGGAAACGUACAGAUCCCGAAGUUGCCACUGUAGAGGAGCAGAGGCUCAAGAAGAGGACGAUUUUUGAGGAGAAUCUCAUAAAUGAUGGGUUGGAACUUGAGAUGGAAUGUGUUGAGGAUGAGCUAUUUUUUACCAAAAUUCAUGCUCCUGUUGAGGUUUUGAGGAGAUACAGCGAGAUCCUGAAGCUUAGGAUGCCAAUGAGAGAAAUUCCCGGACUGACGGAGAUUAUCAAAAAAUCCUCCCAACCAUCAUUUUUGAGUCGACUCAGUGGACUCUGGGGAUCAUUUGUUAAGAACUUCCUUGUCGAUGAAACACACUUCCCGCCAAUUUCCCAUCGAUUCACUGCCGUGUACAGUCGAGAUAAGGAGUACUUAUUUGACUUGCAGCAGCCCUGUUUCUUCUCAGCUGCUGUCAGAUCGAGAAUUGUGCAAUUUAUCCUGGACAGAAAACGCUUCACCACCGAAGAGGCUGAUGAUUAUGCUUUUGGAAUUGAUCGACUGAUAUCAGAUGAAGUCUACAUAGCUGCAUAUCCCCUUCAUGAUGGAGAAGUGCAUAUUCCCGGAAGUAUGAGGCAUUUGCUGUACAAGGAAUGGGCUGCAGUUUCCAAAUGGUAUCGCUAUCAGCCAUUGGAUUACAUUAAGGAAUAUUUUGGUGUGAAGAUUGGACUAUAUUUCGCCUGGUUGGGAUUCUAUACGUACAUGUUGCUCCUGGCAUCAAUUGUCGGAGUCGCCUGUUUCAUCUAUUCUUGGCGAACGAUGGACAGUUAUCAGGUGAGCCGAGAUAUCUGCAGCAGCGCCAUGGAUGUUAAAAUGUGUCCACUGUGUGAUCACUGGUGUGAUUACUGGGAUCUCAGGGAGACCUGUAUGCAUGCCAGAACGACUUAUCUGUUCGACAAUAACACCACUGUGUUCUUUGCCAUCUUCAUGUCCUUCUGGGCCACUCUUUUUCUCGAACUGUGGAAAAGAUACUCCGCAGAGAUCACCCAUAGAUGGGAUUUAACUGGCUUUGAUAUUCAUGAGGAACAUCCGAGGCCACAGUACCUGGCCCGGUUAGCUCAUGUACAGCGUCGAACUGUCAAUGUCGUGACGAAUCAGAUGGAGCCUCAGGUGCCCUUCUGGCGAGUUAAACUUCCUGCCACAAUUUUGAGUUUCUCCAUUGUGAUGCUCCUCGUGGCAUUGGCCGUGGCGGCAGUUCUUGCUGUUGUCCUGUACAGGAUGUCCGUUCUGGCGGCUCUCAGUGUCUACGGGGAUACUGUGACAAAUUCAGGGGCUAUUCUCUUUACAACUGCCACUGCUGCUAGUAUCAAUCUUUGUUUAAUUAUUCUGUUCAACUGGAUGUACACCUUUGUGGCGGAAUAUCUGACAGAGCUGGAAUUGCUGAGAACACAGACUGAAUUUGAUGAUUCUCUCACUUUGAAAAUCUACCUUCUCCAGUUUGUUAACUACUAUGCUUCCAUUUUCUACAUUGCGUUCUUCAAGGGGAAGUUUAUUGGGUAUCCGGGAGAUUACAAUAGGUUCUUCAAUUUUCGCCAGGAGGAAUGUGGCUUUGGAGGAUGUUUGAUGGAACUCUGUAUUCAGUUGGCGAUUAUAAUGGUAGGGAAACAGACACUGAACAGCAUCCUGGAGAUGCUUCUUCCACAAUUCUACAAAUGGCUCAAUGUCAUCAAAGUCUCAGGAUCUCGACUUAAGAGUGGAUGGUCUAUGAAAGGGGGAGCGAAACGGUGGCUAAGGGAUUUGAAGUUGGUACAGUGGGGGUCGCGAAGUCUCUUCCCUGAGUAUCUAGAAAUGGUUCUUCAAUAUGGUUUUGUCACAAUCUUCGUUGCCGCCUUUCCUUUAGCGCCAUUUUUUGCCCUUAUCAACAAUGUCCUAGAAAUGCGCCUAGACGCUAAGAAACUGAUAACAUAUCAUCGACGUCCUGUAUCUCAGAGAGUCAGGGACAUUGGGAUUUGGUACAGAAUUCUCGAUUGUAUUGGAAAGCUGAGUGUCAUUACAAAUGGCUUCAUUAUUGCAUUUACCUCAGACUUUAUUCCGAGACUUGUCUAUCGGAUUGUUGUAUCACCGGAUGGAUCUCUCAAUGGCUACAUGAACUAUUCACUGGCAUAUUUUGACACACGACACCUCCAACCGGGCAGUGAGCCUCAAAUGACAGAGUACAACAUAACAAUUUGUCGAUAUCCUGACUAUAGGGAGCCUCCAUGGUCAGAGAAACCCUACGAAAGGACUUCAAUGUAUUGGCAUAUCCUGGCUGCAAGAUUGGCUUUCGUUGUGGUUUUUGAGAAUAUCGUAGCUCUCGUGAUGAUCUUUGUUCGCUGGGGAAUUCCCGAUAUGCCCUGCGAACUCAGAGAUCAAAUCCGCAGAGAAGCUUACAUCACCAAUGAAAUUAUCAUCAAACAAGAGACAAUUCGGGCAAGGAAUGAGAAAUACUGCGAUGUCGCAAGUGCCCGUACAACAUUCAGAGAUUCAAAUCCUUCGGCCAAUUUUAUAAAAAUGGAACAGAUUGAACAGCUAAUGAAUGCUACCAAUAUGUCUGGUGCUCAGCUCGAUUUGGUUAUCCAUGGACCAAAUAAUCCUGUAGCUCCAGGAUAUGUCAGGGCAUCGGAGAGGAGGGACAGCAUUGAACCAGUGUCUCUCUAAAAGUCCUACAAUUUACUCAAAGUGCUUUUUAGACAAUUUUUUUAGGGAUUUGCUCCUUGAUUUUUAUUUACUCAUUUUUCUUGUGAUUUUUUGCGUUGUGAAAAAUGCUUCAUCCUCAAGAGACUGAAGUGUGUUAUCGAAUAUUUACCUCAAUAUUGUUUUUUUUUUGUUAGCAAGAAAAAGUAUGCAGGCAAAAGAUGAUCUUCUAUCAAAGUUUAUUGAUUUUAUUAUCGUUGUUGGCUAACGUAUUAUUUUUUUGGUGUAAAUACUGAUUUUUACAAACAAUUUAAAAA